GGAAACAGCGCCGGCCGGCGGCAGAGCGGUGGCGGCUGCGACGGUGGGAAGUCGCUCGUGAUCCUGCGCCCUCGCCGCACGCCGCGUGGGUCGGGGCGGCGUGGCGGGCGGCAUGGAAGCUGUGCCCCGCGAGGAGAAGCCCAACCCGCUGCAGGAUGCCAACUUCUGCUCCCGGCUGUUCUUCUGGUGGUUGAAUCCCUUAUUUAUUACUGGCCAUAAACGGAAGCUUGAAGAAGAUGAUAUGUAUAAAGUACUGCCAGAAGAUUCAUCGAAGAAACUUGGAGAGGAAUUGCAGUGGUACUGGGAUAAAGAGGUGCAAAAAGCAAAGAAGAGAGGGAAAACGCCACAUUUAACAAAAGCCAUUAUUCUUUGUUUCUGGAAGUCCUAUUUAGUUCUUGGAGUUUUCACAAUGAUUGAGGAAACCAUCAAAAUAGUUCAACCAGUUAUUUUGGGAAAAAUUAUUAAUUUUUUUGAAACCUAUGAUUCCUCAGAUGAGGUAGCUUUGAAUUUUGCAUAUUGUUAUGCAGCUGCUCUGUCUGUGUGCACACUUAUUCUAGCUAUAAUGCACCACUUGUACUUCUACCACGUUCAGCGGGCUGGCAUGAAGCUGAGGGUAGCCAUGUGUCAUAUGAUUUAUCGGAAGGCACUUCGUCUUAGUAAUGUAGCUAUGGCAAAAACUACCACCGGUCAAAUAGUAAAUCUUCUGUCAAAUGAUGUGAACAAAUUUGAUCAGGUAACAAUUUUCUUGCACUUCUUGUGGGCUGGACCAAUUCAAGCUGUAGCAGUAACAGUACUUCUCUGGAUGGAAAUAGGCCCAUCGUGUCUUGCAGGAAUGGCAGUUCUGAUUAUUCUUCUUCCUGUCCAGACCUGCAUUGGGAGGCUUUUUUCUUCCCUCAGAAGCAAGACAGCUGCCUUAACAGAUGUCAGGAUUAGGACCAUGAAUGAAGUGAUAAGUGGUAUGAAGAUAAUAAAGAUGUAUGCUUGGGAAAAGUCAUUUGCGGAACUUGUGAAUGGUUUAAGAAGGAAGGAAAUCUCCAUGGUUAUGAAAAGCUCCUACCUUCGCGGACUGAACCUGGCCUCUUUUUUUGUGGCAAGCAAAAUAACAGUGUUCAUGACUUUCAUGGCAUAUGUACUGCUUGGAAAUUUUAUCUCUGCAAGUCGGGUGUUUGUUGCAGUGUCCCUGUACGGUGCAGUGAGACUGACAGUAACUCUGUUCUUCCCUUCGGCUGUUGAAAGAGUAUCUGAGGCAGUGAUUAGCAUCCGACGAAUCAAGAACUUUCUGAUGCUUGAUGAGGUCUCACACUUCAAGCCACAACUGCAUGGUGAUAAUGAGAAUAUCAUUCUUCAUGUUCAGGAUUUGACUUGCUAUUGGGACAAGAGUUCAGAAACACCAGCACUUCAACAACUUUCGUUUACUGUCCGACGAGGGGAACUAUUGGCUGUGAUUGGACCCGUAGGAGCUGGAAAAUCUUCUCUCUUAAGUGCCGUGCUUGGUGAGCUGCCUAAAGACAAAGGUUUGAUAAAUGUUACAGGAAGAAUUGCUUAUGUUUCUCAGCAGCCUUGGGUGUUUUCUGGCACAGUAAGAAGUAAUAUACUGUUUGACAAGGAAUAUGAGAAAGAAAAAUAUGAAAAAGUUUUAAAAGUCUGUGCUCUUAAAAAGGACUUGGAAUUAUUAGCAAAUGGUGACCUAACAGUAAUAGGAGAUCGUGGAGCUACUCUGAGUGGGGGACAGAAGGCCCGUGUAAACCUGGCCAGAGCUGUGUAUCAAGAUGCAGACAUCUAUCUUUUGGAUGAUCCACUGAGUGCAGUAGAUGCCGAAGUCGGAAGACAUUUGUUUGAAAAAUGUAUUUGUCAGGCCUUACAUCAGAAGAUCUCUGUUUUGGUCACUCACCAGUUGCAAUAUCUCCGUGCUGCAAAUCAGAUUCUAAUUUUAAAAGAUGGUAAAAUGGUGGGGAAAGGUACCUAUGCAGAGUUCCUGAGAUCUGGCAUCGACUUUGCUUCCCUUUUGAAAAAAGAUGAGGAGAUAGAACCUCCAUCAGUUCCAGGAACCCCCAACCUGAAGUCUUCCCGGAACCGAACCUUCUCGGAGUCCUCUGUCUGGUCCCAGGAUUCAUCUGUGCACUCACAGAAAGAUGGAGCAGUGGAACAACCACCUGCUGAAAAUACAGUGGCUACAGUGCCAGAGGAGAGUCGCCAUGAGGGAAAAAUUAGCUUUAAAAUUUACAGAAAAUAUUUCACUGCAGGAGCAAACUACUUUGUGAUUUUUAUACUCAUAGUAUUCAAUAUUCUGGCACAGGUGGCCUAUGUGCUCCAGGACUGGUGGCUUUCUUACUGGGCAAAUCGUCAAGGAAAGCUGAAUCUCACAACAAAUGGAAAUAAUGGAACAAAUGGGACAGAACAUCUGGACCUUAACUUUUAUUUGGGAAUUUAUGCAGUUUUAACAGUGGCGACAAUACUAUUUGGCAUAAUCAGAAGUCUUCUGGUAUUUCAAGUUCUUGUCAAUUCUGGUCAGAAUUUGCACAACAGAAUGUUUCAAUCCAUUUUGAAAGCUCCUGUCUUGUUUUUUGACAGAAAUCCUAUAGGAAGAAUCUUAAAUCGUUUCUCCAAAGAUAUUGGUCACCUGGAUGACUUGCUUCCCUUGACGUUUUUGGACUUCGUGCAGACUCUCCUACAGAUUUUUGGUGUGGUGGCUGUGGCUGUGGCAGUGAUUCCUUGGAUACUCAUCCCCUUAAUUCCACUAUUUAUUCUUUUCAUUUUUCUUCGACGAUAUUUCUUAGACACUUCAAGAGAUAUUAAACGUCUAGAAUCCACAACUCGAAGUCCAGUGUUCUCCCACUUGUCGUCAUCCCUCCAGGGUCUGUGGACUAUUCGGGCUUUGAAAGCAGAGGAAAGAUUUCAAAAACUAUUUGAUGCACACCAAGACCUCCACUCAGAGGCCUGGUUUCUGUUUUUGACAACUUCAAGGUGGUUUGCUGUGCGUCUGGAUGCCAUCUGUGCCAUUUUUGUUAUAGUUGUUGCUUUUGGUUCCCUGCUUCUCGCCAACACUCUGAAUGCUGGGCAGGUUGGUUUGGCGCUAUCCUAUGCAAUCACCCUCAUGGGAACAUUCCAGUGGGGUGUUAGACAAAGUGCUGAAGUUGAAAACCUGAUGAUAUCAGUAGAACGAGUAAUGGAAUACACAGAACUUGAGAAGGAAGCUCCGUGGGAGACCAACAAACAUCCUCCACCGGAAUGGCCUAACCAAGGAAUGAUAGCAUUUGAAAAUGUUAACUUCACUUACAGUCUAGAUGGACCUUUGGUCUUAAGACAUUUGUCUGUUUUAAUUAAACCAAGAGAAAAGGUUGGAAUAGUGGGAAGAACUGGAGCUGGGAAAAGCUCUCUGAUAGCAGCCCUCUUUCGCUUGGCGGAACCUGAAGGAAGGAUUUGGAUUGAUAAGUACUUGACAUCAGAGCUAGGACUCCAUGACUUGCGGAAGAAAAUUUCAAUUAUACCUCAGGAGCCUGUUUUAUUCACUGGAACUAUGAGGAAAAACUUAGAUCCUUUCAAUGAAUACACUGAUGAAGAGCUGUGGAAUGCCUUGGAAGAGGUGCAACUGAAGGAGGUUGUGGAAGAUCUACCUAAUAAAAUGGAGACGCAGCUGGCAGAAUCUGGGUCUAAUUUUAGUGUUGGUCAGAGACAGCUGGUGUGUCUUGCCAGAGCAGUUCUAAAAAAAAAUCGUAUUCUUAUCAUCGAUGAAGCAACAGCAAAUGUGGACCCAAGAACAGAUGAGUUCAUUCAAAAGACGAUCCGUGAAACCUUUGCUCACUGCACAGUGCUGACCAUUGCACACCGCUUGAACACCAUUAUUGACAGUGAUAGAAUUAUGGUUUUAGAUGCAGGAAGACUGAAAGAAUAUGGUGAACCUUACAUUUUGCUUCAAGAACAAGACAGCUUGUUUUAUAAAAUGGUGCAACAAGUGGGCAAGACUGAAGCAGCUUCUCUGUUUGAAACAGCAAAACGGGUAUACUUCAGUAAGAAUUACCCAGAAGUUGUUCAGAAUGGUCAGCUUGCCACAGACUCGUCCUUGGAUCCUUCCUCAGGAUUAUGCGUAACCGAAACUGCACUGUGAUUCCUAAUAGCCUUAACUGUUUCCUAUAGAAUGUAAACCUGAGAUCAUCUAAACUCAGUGGCAACGUUUGCAAGUGUCAACAGGAGAGGAAAGGGAGGGGGUGAUUCUUUGCACUGGACAUCCUUCUUAUUUAAUACUGAGAAGAAAAUUUUUACUGUCCGUUUCUUUAAUUUCAGUGCAAUAUGUUUUCCUUUCCAACUAAUCAUGUUUGUAUUGCUAAAGAAAUUAGGCAGAUUCAGUUUUUAUUUGAAAGUUAUGUGGUAGAGAUCUCUUUUAUUUAAACAGGUGCAGGACACCUAAGUCUAGAGUGCAUAUUUGGAACCUAUUAAAAUAAUUGGAAUGUGUCCUUUUUUUCUUUUAGAGAUAUUUUGAGAGCAAGCAAAACCAAAAUUUUUUCAGUGUCACUUUUGUCAUGACAUCUGUGUCUAAACAGCAGAUUUGGUAGUGUGCAACUUAGUUAUCUAGAGCAACUGUUUUUCUACCUGCUAUAAGUAGCUAUGCAGGUUGAUAGAAAAAAGACUUGAAAAAGCCAAAAAUACUUUUUGUUUUUUAUAGCAAAAAAAGUACUCUAUACUUAUUUUUUGAUAAAUAGUUCAAAUAAUGCUGUUCAAGAUGAGUGUAAAUACUAAUUUUAUUUUGCUAAAAUCCAAAUACUGAAAAAUCAAUCUCAGUCUUCUAUACUGUAGAAGAAAAUUACCACAUUUGCACUGAAAAAAUAUUUAAAUAAUUUAACAUACAUUCCUCUUUUUAUCCAGGUUAUCAGAGAAAAAAAGGUAUUAAAAUAACUUGAGGAAACGUUUGAAUGACAUGUCAUUAUACCUAAAUACCAUGUAGUACAAAGUUAUCUUCAACACAACACAUUGAAAUGUAUACAUUAUUUGCAUUUAUUGUGCCUUAAUAUUUGUGCCUUCAAGCCAAAGCUGUAACUGCAGGGUACACAACAAAUUCAUUAAACAUAUGUUAAAAAUAUGUAACCUUAGUAUGUUUAAAGUUUUGCAUUAGGGGUUCUGUUGAACUUAAGCUGUUUGAAGUUACCAUCCUGCCAGAAUAGGUAGGAAAGUACAACCUGUAGUUUUGAAUGGCUGUUGCUAGAGGAAUGCAGUGAGAGAGAGGGGUUCAGUAUUCAUAAGUUAUGUCCUGAUUCAGCAAAGCACUUUAACACAAAGGCACUUUUCCCAUGUUUGAAAUAUAACUCAAGCAAGUGCUGUGCUGCUUCAGAUUUUUUCAAGUUUAGUGAGCUACUCUUUGAGAUCCAGUAGAAAAUGCAUCUAUUCAUCUUGCUGUUUAAAGGGCACAGGAGAGACUAAAAGGCAAGAGAUCUCUUCGGGACAUGGUAAAUACUGUGCUUUUUAAAAAAUACUGAAGAUGCUUGCUAUUACCUUUGUAGUGCCAAACAAUUGUUAUUUACCCAGUGUUUGCCCAGUGGUCUAUAAGUAAGGCAAGCACAAAUGUUUCUCAUUUCAAGCAGUUCUACCAGAAAGUAAUUGAAUCAAAUACAAAGUUACCCUCUCCUUAUUGGGAAGUAAGUUGAGGCCAAAGCCUGUGCCUGAGCACAAUCUCUCAUCUACAAUGACUUUCUCCUGCUCAGGAACCAGUCCCAUGGUGAGAGGCAGAAUCCUCGUUCCCCUGUUGCAGCAUCUUCCCUGCACUGUGGUUUGCUGUCCUACUGUGAGAUCCCAGGAGAGAGGGGAUCCUACCUGCAGUGCCACCAGCCAGGUAGAAGGGGGACAGGGGUGCUUUGGAGGUGGUGGAACAAACAUCAGAUACCUAAUUUUGCUGGUAACAUCCUCUCACAUCAUUAGACAUUGUUAGGAGGAAGUUACAAAAUGAGAUGCUCUUGUCCCUAGCCUUUUUUUGUCAAGUCCUAACACUUCUUUGUUGUGUGUAGCAGCUUACACUGUAACAAAUUCCACUAAGAUCAGUGGAACUGAACUUCACACAGCGAUGUGCAGCACGAGGCUUGUGCUACAUCUGGUGAUAAAUAUCAGACAGUCAAGGGCAGCUACCAGUUCCCAAGCCACAUGGCACAGAUGGGCUCAUGUAAGGAGUGCUUAUGGCUUCUUCGAACACACCAGCCACAUCCACUCUUCUGUGCUUCUGGUCCUUGGUCUUCCCUGGGCUCAUGCAGUCCACUUAUGAUCCUAACACACAAUUAUCUCGUGUGUUUCGUUGUGAUUUUCUUUUCAAUUAAAGUUGUCUGAAUUAAAGAUAGGACUGUUCUGCAGCUCAGCAGAGUGGUGUUUGCAUUGCACAGGUAUGUGAAGAUGUAAAGUGCCUCAGUAUGUGAAGUCACGUGGGAUAAUGCUGGGGGACUGUGUAGCAUGAAGAAAGUUCAACCUCACAUGGUCUUGUCUGUAAUUGCCUUUUUGGCAAGGAUCCAUGGAUCCAUGUCCAGACUCUUCUCAAACUUUGUCUUGGAGAGACCUGGUUGGAGUGGUGUGAAACAGAGCUAGGGUGAGCUGAUUGGUAAGGCAGUGCAUGGAGUUGGGAGCUCGACCUCAUUUGUUUAUCUUCUUUUUUUGAGCAGUGUGGAUAUAUUCAGAGUCUAACUGUGUUUUACAAAAGUGUAUUCUUUUUAUUUCCAAGUAGUUACUUCUUACAAGAGAGUAAGUAUGAUGGAUAAUAUAGAGACUUUUAAAUAAGAGAACAGUACAUUCUCCUGGCCAUACAUACCUGGAGUUUAUAUUUUUUUAUCAGAACCGAGGAGAUAUGCAUGUGUAAACCAAGGGUAUAAUUACAGUUUUAGUUAAUUUCAGCUCUGAAAUUAAUCUAUGGUAAGUUGUAUUUCAGAUCAGAGCUCCAAAACGCUGGCUGCUGCAGACUCACUGGUAUGAGACCCUGACAGAUCUAGCUAUCAGUCUAUAAGCUAGAAUUACUUUGAUACUGUAGCUUUUUGAAUGCGCACAAAAAUGUUAGGUAUGUCUGAAAAUGCUGAUUCUGCUUCUUCACAUGUUUUGGCAGGGCACUACUAGCUGAAGGUAUCAAAUAUCAAUAUAAGAUGAAAGAAACGUUUUACAAAAUCACACUUGAAACCCAUAAAUUGCUGAGUAGAACAACUGAUAGUCAUUCAUGUCUGUCACUGGCAUUAUAUAAUUUUUCUGGUUUAAAGUAACAAAACUAUUUUACUCAGGAAAUUGUUGUUUAGUUUCUUUUGUUGGUAUUGUUGUUGAUACAACUAUCAACAGAUGUUUUGUUCUGAUGUGGAUUAAGAUUGACUGACCCAAUUAAUUUCAUUUGAGUAAAAAGAUGCAAUGUACCUGAAUGGCAAAACUCAGAUCAGGGAUGAAAAAGGCCUUCCUGUAGUGAAAGUCUUGGUUUGUUAAAUGAUUAAAUUACCUUUCCGGCAAGGUGUUUUAUGUUUCUUUAUAAAGAAAAAUCUAAAUAGUUCUAAACUUCCACUUUGAAAAAUAUUGUGCUUUAUUUGGAAAUAGCAAAGCAGGUUACUGUAAGUCACAUUUCUUCCUGGGGAUCUCGGAAAAAGAACUCAGUCUUAUGAGUUAUUCAAGCCUUUAAAAUGUUUUUUCACCAUGAGGUGCCUUACAAUAUUCCAGAGUCUUGUUUCUAAUAAAUAUAAUUUUAUACAGUGACACUGAAAAUCAUCAGUUACAGAACUGUUGUUUCUUUGGUGUAAAAGUCUAGGAACAGCCUCUACUUCUGUUUCAAGAAUUGGUUUUUUGGCUUUUGUUCUGAUAUCUCUUUGCUCCACCCUUCUCAAAGGACCACUGGGAGCCAGCAAAACGUGGUGGCAUUUUCAAAGCCAACACAGUUAGCUGGGAUAGGUUAUUUCAUGUUUUGCUUAUUUUAAGGACAAAAUUCUCUUUGGUGAACUGAACCGUUUGCCAGAUGGGCAUAAUCUUCUGUGAUACCAUUCAUACUGCCCUUUGAAAGAGGGAGGACCUUCUGAUCAACCUCAGUAAUGCUGGUUGCAGGCUCUUUUAGCCUUGCCAAAACAUUUGAAAUAACAUUGCAAAAAGAGUCAGAAGAGGACAAAAGCAACUAGCUUCAAAAUAACUCAGUUUAAAGUUUGGAGGGGGAAAGAAAAAGUUGAAAUCACUUCUUUCCUGUGAUAGUGAUGAGCAUCUGACCCUUCAGCGGAAGAGUAUGGCUUUCUGUGUAUGUUUUACAUUCUGUAACAGUGCACUCCAUUUUCCUCAUUUUAACUCUGGUUGUGGUUUGAUUUGGUUCAGUUCUUGCAUUUGUGUAAUUAUUUGAUUUUGUUAUUGCUGUGGAAUGAUUUCUUUUGUGGACAUUCACAUGACAACUGCUGUCAUACAAUAAAAGGCAUUUCUCAGAAGCGUG